AUGUCUCAAGAUGCCAAAGAUCUCCAGAUCAUCCUGGCCCAGCAGGCCGAGCGAGACAAUGACCCAAGCACCACUAGCCACGUCGUUAGUGAAAUCAAGAGCAGCUUGAUUGUCGACGCAAGCUGGGAGCAGCUUCUACAAGCGUCCCCGAUCGCCAUUAGCGGUAUCGGUGCUUGCUUCAUCGCAAGUUCCAGUCCCAAGGCCGCGGUGCAGUUGACAUCGCCCCAAAAAGGGUUCUCGUAUUUGAGGUAUGCUUCAGUCCAGGCCAAUCUCAUCGAGUGCGGCAACAUGGGCCGCUUUGCCUUUAUCGAAGCCGAGAGCAAAAUGGGCCAUAUGCAGAUGAUCUCACAAGCUGUUCAUGGAAAAAUCAGUGAUAUUAUUCCAACCAUCGGGGAUGCUUAUUCAGCGAAGAAAAUGCUCCGGCCCCAAGUGCAACACCUAUCAAGAAGCGCACAAACAUGCCUGGAGGCGUCCAUUGGCAUGGACAAGAAGUUUACUGAAUGGCUUCUGUAUGUUUGUGAAUUACAUGCAGCUUGCGUCCAACAUGAAGGCACUGAUAGCGAGGAACUUCUAAGCAAUGAUAUUUGCCUGAUCGCGGAGAGUACUCGCCUUGACUACAAGAACUCGUCCAUGGAGGAGGCUAGACGUGCCCAAGAUCUGGUGGGCAAGCAGGUGACCGCCGCUUCCGAGGUAUUCAAGAAAGUAUCUGAUGAGGUCCCAACCGGAUGGAGUAUUAUGAGCCGGCAGAUUGUCAGUGAUUCGGCUGGUUCCGUCACCAGCGCUCUCAAUGCAUCAAUCCCUACCUUGAUGAAUAGUCUCAGCCCAAUGGCAAAUCUACCUGCAAAAGCUGAUCUCGUCGGCGGUUUCCUGAACCCAGACAAGAACACUUCUGGAGAGGGUGUCGCAGCGCCACCUAGCCCUAUCCCAACAAAGGCUACUGAUCCAGGAUACUCGGGAAUCCAGAACAUUUCUGUUUUCCUAUCUAUCCUUCAGGUCAUCGUCGCCGGCCAGAACGACGGUGGUAUCAACUGGGAGAUGGCCAAGUAUAUCGAGUCUCGCAAGAGAGGUGCAACCUCGGCGAUCAAGGUUGUUACCACGAUGCUCAGAGAUGCCAAACAGCGGUUUGCACCGCUUGCAACCUCAGAAGAGCCCAGUCAGACAUUACUCCAGAUCCUGGAUGUAUCCUUGAGAGUUGCCGAGGAAUUACAGGCUGUCGUCGAGAAGUCCAGCUACCUAGCCAAAGAUUCCGCAGAGGUCAAGAAGUGGCAGGCAGACCUUUCUACCGUGUACUCACGAGCAACUGCUCUCUUGGCUACUGCGAAGACGAUUCCUGGGACUGUUGCUAAUGGGAUUCCUCUCAUGGCCGAUGUACCCAACCGGUUUCAGAAAGAAGAUCCCAAGUCAGCUCAGGCUCCAGCCAUGCUCGAGGCGGCCAAAAACCGAUUAACCAUCGCUGCGCACAUGCUCAAAGCAACGCAGGAUAAUUAUGUCAAGACCAAUGAUGUUUUAUCACAGCAACAGAACAAGCUUGCCGAGAUCCAGGCAAUGUUGGCCAAGUUGUCGUCUCCCAAUGUUUCAUUUGCGGAGAUCAAGCAGAUCCUCAUAGAGAGCAUCAAGCUUAUCAUCCACAUAAAAGAUCAAAUUAAUUCUCUAGUACGCUUCUUCAAGGCCAUCGGUGUCGUUGUAGAAAUAUUCGACAAGUGUCACGUCGAACCUUUCAUCGAAACCAUCAAGGUGAUGAUGACCGAAGGAGAAGAUCCUAACGAGAACUACCGUAUCGGCGACUACACAUUGACCGAUCUGCAACGUAGCCAGGUCUACUCGGGGGUAUUAACAUUGAGCUCAUACUUCAGCGCCUUUGGCAAUAUUGCAAAGAUGUGGGUUACGCUCAGCAGGGAUAUGGUGAUGCCCGGGGUCAUGAUGUGCGAUGAAAUAUCCAUGGCUACUAGCGAGCGGGAUCCAGGAGUCAUGUUGAACAAGUUCAGGAGAUUGUCGCAAUGGUCCCAGGAGGCCUCGGCACGCGUCAAGUCAACCGCCGGAAACAAGCAGCGUGAGAUGAUGCAGGGAAUGCAAUCACGCAUUGAAGACAUUGAGCAGACCACUAAGGCCAUCAGCAAACCGUCCGAUUCUACCCUGAAGGCUAUUGAGUCUGGUAUCCAAGUGACCAAGCAAGCGGCACAGAACAACAUUGAGCAGAGAGCCAAGAAUAGUGCUUUGGUCCGUUUUAGGUCGUAA